CGCGCGCUGCUGGGCCCGCCCCCGCCGCCAUCUUGGUCUGGGAGGGAGCGGGCUGCACGCUAGAGUAAACAGUCAGAGCCGGCAGAGUCGAGCUCUGGCUGCGUUUGGGUGCUGCGGAGCAGAGGCGAAGAGGACGCAGUUCUGAUCUUCAUUCGAGGGGGUGGCCGAUAUGACGGCCCCGGGUCAGAGUUCUUUUGCGCCGCUUUUGGAGACUUUGGAAGACUCUUCCGCUUCCCAUGGAGAGCAGACCGACGCGUACCUCGCUCUGACCAGUCGUAUUACUGGAGAAGAUGGGAAAGAAGUCAUUAUCGAAAUUGAGAAAAAACUUCCUCGGCUAUACAAAGUUUUAAAGACUCAUAUUUCCAGUCACAACUCAGAGCUCAGUUGUGCUGCUCUACAGGCCUUGGGGUUUUGCUUAUAUAAUCCUAAAAUUACCUCAGGAUUAUCAGAGACCAAUAUUAAAGAACUACUUUCAAAAUUGAAUGAUGUUGCUAAGAGUUCAGACAAAAAUGUUCGUACUAGGGCACUUUGGGUGAUAUCCAAACAGACAUUUUCCACUGAAGUUGUUGGCAAAGUAGUACCCAGUAUAAUUGAUUUAUUAGAAAUAGUACUUAAUAAAGGGGAGGUGCAUUCUGCUGUUGUUGAUUAUGAAGCAUUAAAUGUCAUCAUAAGGCUAAUUGAACAAGCCCCAAUUCAAAUGGGAGAAGAGUCAAUUAGAUGGGCAAAACUAGUCAUACCGUUAGUGGUUCAUUCAGCCCAAAAGGUACAUUUGCGGGGAGCAACUGCUCUAGAGAUGGGAAUGCCAUUGUUGCUUCAGAAACAACAAGAAAUAGCAUCUAUCACGGAGCAGCUAAUGACUACUAAAUUACUUUCAGAACUCCAAAAGCUAUUUAUGAACAAAAAUGAGACUUAUGUUUUAAAAUUAUGGCCUUUGUUUGUCAAACUUCUUGGGAAGACCUUGCAUCGAAGUGGGAGUUUCAUUAAUUCUUUAUUACAGCUGGAAGAACUGGGAUUUCGUAGCGGAGCACCCAUAAUUAAAAAAAUAGCUUUUAUUGCUUGGAAGAGUUUAAUAGAUAAUUUUGCUUUAAAUCCAGAAAUACUAUGCAGUGCGAAAAGACUAAAAUUGUUAAUGCAGCCUUUGAGUUCCAUCCACGUGAGAACAGAAGCUCUAGCGCUAACAAAACUAGAAGUCUGGUGGUAUUUACUGAUGAGACUUGGACCUCAUCUUCCUGCUAAUUUUGAACAGGUUUGUGUACCUCUAAUUCAGAGCACAAUAAGCAUUGAUUCUACUGCUUCACCUCAAGGCAGUUUAUCUCGUGUACCUACUUCUCCAGCCUUAAAUCCCAUGACUCCUGUACACAAAGGUGCUUCCCCAUAUGGAGCCUCUGUAACUACUCGGAUGAACUUGAGUUCGAAUUUUGGUGGAAUGGCCACAAUCCCCUCUAUUCAACAUUUAGGACUUGAAAUGUUACUUCAUUUUUUAUUGGGUCCAGAAGUUGUGAGUUUUGCUAAGCAAAACAAACUCGUACUGAGCUUAGAGCCACUUGAACAUCCAUUAAUCAGCAGCUCUUCUUUUUUUUCCAAAUAUGCAAAUACUCUUAUCACCGCUGUUCACGAUAGCUUUGUCGCAGUUGGAAAAGAUACUUCUGAUGCAGUUGUCAGUGCUAUUUGGAAGGAGCUGAUUAGCUUGGUGAAGUCAGUUGUUGAAUCAGGUAACAAAAAAGAGAAACCAGGUUCUGAAGUUUUAACCCUUUUAUUAAAAUCUCUGGAGACCAUAGUAAAGUCCGAAGUAUUUCCUAUAUCGAAAACACUGGUCCUCAUGGAAAUUACAAUUAAAGGACUUCCUCAGAAAGUAUUAGGUUCACCAGCAUAUCAGGUUGCUAAUAUGGAUAUUCUUAAUGGAACUCCUGCUUUGUUCUUAAUUCAGUUAAUUUUCAACAAUCUCUUGGAAUAUGGUGUAGAAGAUGAAAGGUUUCUUCUUAAUCUGGAAACACUUGUAGGUUGUGUUCUUUCUGGUCCAACUUCACCACUAGCUUUCAGUGACUCUGUUUUAAAUGUUAUUAAUCAAAAUGCAAAGCAGUUGGAAAACAAGGAGCAUCUCUGGAGAAUGUGGAGUAUUAUAGUCACCCCAUUAACUGAAUUGAUUAAUCAGACCAACGAAGUGAAUCAAGGUGAUGCCUUAGAACAUAAUUUUAGUGCCAUCUAUGGUGCAUUGACUUUACCAAUAAACCAUAUUUUUUCAGUACAGAAAUUUCCAGUGACCACCAUGAAGACCUUACUUAGAACUUGGUCAGAAUUAUAUAGAACAUUUGCCCGCUGUGCUGCUUUGGUGGCAACUGCAGAAGAGAAUUUGUGCUGUGAGGAGCUUUCUUCUAAGAUAAUGUCCAGUUUGGAAGAUGAAGGCCUUUCAAAUUCGUUGUUCUUGGAUAGGAUUGUUCGUAUUAUUACUGUAAUGGUUGAUUGCAUCGACUUCUCACCAUAUAAUGUUAAAUAUCAGCCCAAAGUUAAAUUGCCGAAGAGAUCUUCUGAUUGGUCCAAAAAGAAGAAGGAGCCCCUAGGGAAAUUGGCUUCUUUAUUUAAACUUAUUGUGAGAGUCAUGUAUUCUUUCCACACUUUGAGCCUCAAGGAAGUACAUUCUGAUACUCUCCUCGCUGUUGGCAACUCAAUCAUCGGCAUUCUUUCCAAUGUGCUUGGACAUAUUUCUUUGCCUUCUAUGAUCCGAAAAAUAUUUGCAACUUUAACAAGACCUCUAGCAUUAUUUUACAAAAAUUCAAAGCUUGAUGAUGUUCCUAAAGUGUAUAGUUGUAUGAACAGCAAGUUAGAAAAGCUACUAGGAGAAAUUAUUGCUUGUCUACACUACAGCUACACUGGAACUUAUGACAGUGAACUUCUUGAACAGAUCUCCCCAUUAUUAUGCAUAAUAUUUUUGCACAAGAGUAAACAGAUUCGAAAACAGAGUGCUCAGUUCUGGAAUGCCACAUUUGCUAAAGUGACGACAUUGAUUUAUCCUGAAGAGUUAAAACCUGUACUAAAACAAGCCAAACAAAAAUUUCUGCUGCUGUUACCCGGUUUGGAAAAUGUUGAAAUUGUGGAGGAAUCCAGUGGACCAUAUUCAGAUGCAACAGAAAGUUCACAAUUAAAUAUGAAGAUAAGUGGCAUGGAAAGAAAAUCAAGUGGAAAAAGAGAUUCUUUUUUGAUACGACCGAAGGAUACAAAAGAAAAUAUGAAACCACCAGCCAAAUUGAAACUAGAAUCUCCAUCUCCAAAAAUAAAGAGUGAAAUGCCUUUGGAAGAAGAAAAGUCCACUGAUUUUGUCGUUAUACCUCCCGAAGGAAAAGAAACAAAGGAAAGACUACUAACUGAACAUCAGAAAGAAGUACUCAAAACAAAGAGGUGUGAUAUUCCUGCCAUGUAUAAUAAUCUGGAUGUUUCACAAGAUACUUUAUUUUCUCAGUAUAGUCAGGAGGAACCUAUAAAAAUUACUGGUGUAGCUGAAAAAUCAAAGGAAGAUCCCAAGACGAUAUUUAAGGAGGAACAAAGGAAGAGUGACACUGUCAUUCCUCAAGAUGUCACGGAAAACUGUGGUAUGGAUGAACAUCUUGAAAAGACUUCCUUUUCAAAUAAUGAGUGUGGUUCUAUUGAGGAAACCAGUCCAGAAAUACUGAGCAGUAAUAAUGAUGCCAGAAAAAAUUUAAUUUCAUCAAAGAAAAUGUCAACCGAAUCUACGUCUAAUGCAGAAAACACUUUUGGUGUCAGCAGUAGCUCAGUUUCUAAUGGCACCAUUUCUGGAAUUCUCUCACAUCCUACACGUCGAAGGCAAACCUUUAUUACUUUGGAGAAGUUUGAUGGUUCAGAAAAUAGACCUUUUAGCCCGUCCCCCUUGAAUAAUAUAUCAUCAGCUGUUACACUGAAAAAUAACCAGGAAGGCAUAACUAAAACAGAUAUUCCACUAAAAGCAAAGAAAAAAGAAGUGGCUUUUUCAAAAUCUGACUCUGAAAAAGUAGUGCAUGGAAAUAAGCGAUCAGGCCUAAGAUCGAGUAAAGCUGAACAAACAGAAAAUAAAAGGUCUGAUCAGGAGAAAAACACGCUGGAAUCUGUGGAUGGCAUGAUAGCCUUAGAAAAUAACCCACCUGGUUCGCUUAAUCAAACAGAAUGUGUGUUAGAUAAUCGAGUUCAUAUCUCUGAAUCUACAGUGGAGUACGAGGAUACAGUGCUAAAACUAACAGUAGAAAAUGCUGUAUUAUUAGAAAAUAGUACCGUAGAGGAGAAAACUGUAGGAAGUAAUUUGGAAUCCAAAGAGAAUACACCCCCAGCCAUAAUACCAGCAGAUCAAAUGGUAAAUGAGGAUAGUCAUGUUCAGAUAACUCCAAAUCAGAAAACCCUUAGACGGUCUUUAAGGCGACGUUCAGAAAUAGCAGAGCCUAUUGUUGACAGCCAAGAUAAAGAAAAUAAUCAAAAAAAGGAAAGACAUAAAGAAGAGGAAAAGACUCUUCAGAAGAGUCCAUUGCAUGUAAAAGAUGAUGUGUUACCUAAGCAAAAACUGAUUUCUGAGUAUACUGUACAGGAAAAUUCAGUUGAGAAAGAUACUUCACACGAGAAGUCUUUUGGGGAAACCAGCACUAAUGCUGAAAGUGACAAAAAUAGAAGAAAGCCAGACCUUGAGAAUAUUAAAUCUGAGGGAGAUGGUGCCCAGGACGUUGCAGAUAAGUCCUCUGAGAAACCAGUAAGGGGAAGAACACGGUAUCAAACAAGAAGAGCAUCCCAGGGUUUACUUUCUAGCAUUGAAAACUCAGAAUCUGAUAGUUCUGAGGCAAAAGAAGAAGGUUCUAGAAAGAAGAGAGCUGUAAAAUUGAAAAACAAAAACAGUGACAGCAUUGACAUGGAAGAUCAAGAAGAGAAAAUGGUAAAACAGGAAUGUAUAAAAGUUGAAAAUCAGACACAUAAUUAUAAUGCAAAUUCUGAAGUGGACAUAAAUACAAAAUCUCAGAUUUGUGAAAAAGAUGAAAGUAAUGCUGUAACUCUUCAAGAUUGUACAAUAUCUUCAGAUUUAUUGCAAGUUUCUUAUGAUGGAUCAGAUACUUAUGAAGGAAAGAGUAAAACUAACAAAUGUGCAGAAUAUUCCUUUUCAAAUUCUCCUGUAUCAGAAUUAAAUCUAAGAACUAGAAAUGCCAAUAAGAGAUUACAUAAACGAGAUUCUAUAGAAAAUAACAUUGUGGGAGAAUGCUCAAAAAUAGGAACAUCAGACAUUUCUUUACUUUCUGAAAAAACUUUCCAAACACCUGAAUGCCGACACAAGAGAAGUAGAAGGGUGAGGAGAUCUAAAGGUUGUGAUUGCUGUGGAGAAAAAUCACAACCUCAGGAAAAGCCAUCUAUUGGGUUAACAAAUACAGAUUAUGACAUAAAGCUCAGUGAAACAAAAAAUAGAGAUGUUCAAACACCUGUAACUAUAUCAGAAACUUCUGAUCUCUCCUCUGAGGUUAAACUAGAUGGGCAUCAUGGUGUGAAUAUUCAUUUGGGUCUCAAGAAAGAGAAUGAUACUGUUAAUGAUACAUUAAAUGUAUCUGAAACUGAGUUGAAAGAAAAUAAUAUUCAAGACUCUCUUCCUUCUGAAAUAGUAAAUUUUAAAGAAACUUGCGAUAGGGAUUCUGAGGAAUCAUUAUCUGUUGAAAGCCAAGAGCCAUCUAAUAAAAAACGUAAAACUAUUAGCCCCCGUUCAGGUGAUUCCAAAGACAUUGUAUUGGAAUGUUCUACCUUGGAGACCAAAGAAGAAAAGCCAGAGGCUGUCCUGAAGAAUGAAGUAAGUACAGAGACCAUUGUUAAUGUUGAAGCAGAUGCACGUAAUGUAGAAGCAAAAUUCAAUCCAGAAAUAGAAGUUAUGGAAGUGAAUGUAGAACAUGAUAAAUCUGAAAGUAGCUUCUUUGAACAAAAAAAUGCUAAAACUGGAAUUUUUGAAGGAGAGAGAGCAGUGGAAAACAGUGAAAGAAGUGAUGAAUCUGGAAUAGAUGCAGCAGAAGUACUAAGUGCUGAAGGAACAGUAACUAAAGAAUUUCAUUCAGCUAUUGGUCAUCCUGAUAAUACUACACCUGUAAAAGUAACAGCUCAAAUAGAGAUAUCUGAACAGAUAGCAGCUAGGGAACUAGAUGGAGGAAAUAAUGGAUCUGAUCCAGGCUUAUCUGAAGAAAUGAAUGCCGAAAUGGAAAAUUGUGAAGAAAGAGAGAUUGGUGAGGUGAAUGCUGAAAUUGACCUUGUCAAUGAAACAGAAGAUGAGGACUUGACAACCAAAGCAUCUAAGUCUGUAGAAGCUGGAACAAACAGAAUGAAUGUAGAAAUUGACAGAUUUGUUCCUGACACACUGGAGAUGAACACUGAAGGAGGAAAGGUUAUCUCUAAUAAAACGGAAACAAAUACUGUACUUCAUAAUCUUGAAGAAACAAAAUUAGAUGACAAUCAAAUUAAAGUGGAAAAUGAUGGUGAAAGUUUACAGGAAGUUCACUGUACUUUAGAGAAAGUGGAAGAAACAUCACAGUCUCUGACAUCUGAAACAGCUAUUUCUGAACUGAUAACAGAAGACAAUAAUACAUCUCCACAAAAAUUAAGCGAAUUUGAUCCUUUACUUUUGUCAGCAAAUGACAGUCCUAGUGGCACUCAGACACGCUGUGUCUGGUCUCCUUUGGCUUCUCCAUCCAGCAGCAUUUUAAAGAGAGGACUAAAAAGACCCCAAGAAGAUGAGAUCUCAUCACCUGUUCAUAAGGUUCGCCGUGUCUCCUUUGCAGAUCCAAUAUAUCAAGCAGGACUGGCAGAUGACAUUGAUAGGCGAUGUUCUGUUGUUAGGGCCCAUUCUUCAAAUAGUUCUCCCAUAGUAAAAAGUGUUAAAACUUCACCUACUGCACAUUUGAAGCAUAAUACGUCAAGCAAAGGAUUUCUGUCCCCAGGAUCACGUAGCCCUAAAUUUAAGAGCUCAAAGAAGUGUUUAAUUACAGAAAUGGCUAAAGAAUCCAUACCAUACCCAACAGAAAGUGUUUACCCAGCUUUGGUGAACUGUGUGGCACCAGUUGAUAUCAUUUUACCUCAGAUUACAUCAAACAUGUGGGCAAGAGGACUGGGACAACUCAUUAGAGCCAAGAAUAUAAGAACAAUUGGUGAUUUGAGUACUCUUACAGCAUCUGAAAUAAAAACUCUUCCUAUUCGUUCUCCAAAAGUGUCCAAUGUAAAAAAGGCUCUGAGAGUAUAUCAUGAGCAGCAGGUGAAGUCUCGUGGAUUAGAAGAGAUUCCAGUUUUUGAUAUUUCUGAAAAAACAAAUGGAAUAGAAACUAAAUCUCUCUCUUCUGAUGAAGAAAGACUUGCCUCAGAUUUAGUUGAGCCUGUUGCUUUAGAAACUCCAUUAUCUAAAAAUCUUGUGGCACAGAUUAGUGCACUUGCUCUUCAACUGGAAUCAGAAGAUCUCCAUAAUUAUUCAGGAAGCCAACUAUUUGAAAUGCACGAGAAACUUGGUAACAUGGCAAACUCAAUAAUAAGAAAUUUGCAGUCACGCUGGAGGUCAUCAGCCCAUGAAAAUUCUGUUUAGUAUUUUAAGAGAAAAUUGAAGUUUUUAAAAAAAUAACACUGGAUCUGUUGAUUUAUAAAAUAAGUUCUGCAAUAUAGCACAAUUUCAGACUGAAUGUUUGCCAAGUUGAUAACAGUUCAGACCCUGAAGGGCAAUGACUUAUUAUGUAAGUUCAGUUUUGUAAGUUCAUUAUGUAACAUCAUUUUUUCUGUAUAGUAUAUUUUCUUGGCUGCUAUGCGUGGCUUUUAAAUAUCUUACUGAAAUGUAAGAUGUUUAACAAAAAAGCAGACAUUUUAUUUCACUUAAACUCAUGCAUGUUUUGAUGAAACAGUUUAUGUAAGAUAAGUAAAAUUGAAAAUUUUUAUUUGAAUUUUUUUGCUACACUGAUAAAGUUGUUUAUACUUGAUUUUUUUUUUUUUUUUUUUAAAUUUAUGUGUGUUGCACCUGAGGUUUAAGAAAUUUCUUGUUCACAGACGUCAACUUUGGACAGCUUUCAAGAAAAAUACCAAAAGUUUCAGCUUUUGGGGUUAAAGUAUUAAAGCAGAAUUUACUAAGAUUUCAUUCAUUUAUUUGCGUUAGCAAAUAUUUGUGCAGCAGCAUUUGCCUGUGAAAAUUUUACUCUUAAGAGACAUAGUAUUCAUUUUAAAAUGCAUAACUUUGUAUAUUAUGUAUAGAUUACAGGGUUUUUAAUUUAUAAAUUUCAUCUUGUUAAUUGCAUGAGUUUUUCUGCAGCUUGUGAAUACCUUUGUUUUGCUUAAUAGAAACAUUUUGUACAUAUUAAAUACUGAAAUAUCCGAAUGAACAGUGAGGUGCUUUGUGGGCUUGCUGCAGAUGUUUGUAGGAGUCUGUAUUUACAAAUAAAACAACAAAGUUUUGUACUUAGUUAAUAGUCUUAGUUAAAACAUGAAUUUAUUUUCUAAAGUAACCGGAAUGAGUAAAGUUAUAGAAAUGAGAAAGUGUUACAGAAUAACUUUGUUGUUCAUUUCUACACCUUUUUUCCCCUUCUGAUUUGGAAGAGGGUAUCAGCCUCUAGAAAGCAUGCCUCAUUACAUUUCUUUUUAAUAGAGAGAGUAUUUUCAUUAUAACUUGGACUAUAAGAAAUCUAGAAUUUAUCUGCUCUUUUCAUCUAUACCUAAAGCAAACUUGGAAGAAAUUUGAAAGUUUUUUAAAAUAUGUAUGUUUUGUCUAGUUUUAAAAAAAAUAGGUUGUAUAUAAUUAAAACAUUUUUAAAUUUGACCAACUAGUAUUAGUGCCUGACUUCCCAUAUUUGUUUUGUUUUUUUAACAAUGAGAAUAUCUCAUUUGUUCUCUGGGUAGAAUGAUCUGUUUCAUACUUUAUUCAGAACUAACCCUUACUUGGAAAGGCACACAUUCUUCAGCAAGUUAUAGAAAUUUAAUCCUCAUGUCUAAUUAGCACGUAUAGUUGCUGUCUUUUUCAUAAUUGUAAGUCCAUUAUUGUUAAUUAUUAUUGUCCAUUAUUGAUAUUCGUAUAAAGAUGAUUUUAGAAGAAAUUCUGGGACCAUUGAACUGAGGAUUGUAGUUUAGCGAAAUAAGUAAUGAAAAAUAUUUUUAACAAUUACAGUUGUGGCUCAUUUUGUCUACCAUUUGUUUCCCAAAUUAUAAUAGAAAAGAGGCACAUAAGUUUUUAAAUGAACAGAUGUGAUUAAGAACGGGUGUGUAUGUGUGGAGGAGUCAAAAUUAGUUCAUAUCAUGACUAUUUUAAUGUUUGUGAACUAAGCUUCCUGGUGGAAUGAAGUUCUUGAAAUGGUAAAUAGUAUAGCAGAAAAUAGGACCAAAAUGUUUACCAUUUACUUAAAUCACUGAAUUUGAUACAAGCACAGGUGUUAAUUUAAUAACAUGGUUUAACAGGGAUAUAUUUUAAAAUAUUUGAGGGCAAAAAACAGUUUGCUAAAUAUUGUCGAUAAAGUUAUAAGUAUGUAUUUGAGGCACCCUAUUUUCAGUAUUGCCUUUAAAAUUACUGCGAAAUUUUCUAAGUGAUUCCUGAAUAGCAAACUGCAUUGUUUCUUGAAGCUCCGUUGUGUUUUCACUAUUGAAAUAAUCAGCUUUUUCAAAUAUUUUCUAAUGGUUAAUAAAACAAAUGGCAAAUAUUAAUAAUACUCAAAUGUGAUUUAUUUUAUGCAUUUGUAAAAAUAAUUUAGUUGCAUGCAGAAGCAUAGUAUAAUUUUUCAUGUUCCAAAAUGGAUUUCAUAGUGGAUAUAAAUUCACUUUUUCAGUGAGUCUAUUAAAGAUGCUCUAUUUGAACACGUUUGAAGGCCAUGUUGAAUGGUGUGUGGCUUUUGCUCUAAUUCCAUAUAGUAUGGGAUGAGUCAGGUUAAAUAAUACUAUUGGAUAACAUGGUCAAAAAUAAGAUUUAAAUCUGAACACUGAAAACAUGGUAAUUCCUCACAUUGCCCAUGGAUUCUUUUUUCCGUACAGCUUGAAAGUUAGGGACUUUUAUGUGUUUAAGAAUCAAAAUAAAUGUCAAGAAAGGUAGAUUUUAUAUUACUUGAAAUAAAAGUGGCAGGGCAAAAAAUAAAAUUAGAAAAAAAUAGGUAUGUAAAGCAUUCAAGUAGAGUUGUUUGUUUGUUUGUUUGUUUUCCCAAGAUAAUUAAAAAUAAGUGCUGUUUAAAAAGCUGGCUAAGUUUAAAUUAAACAGAUAAAAUUUAAGAGGGGUCCCGUUUCCCCUUAAUGUCAUUUCUUCCAACUUUGACUUUAUAAUCCAGUAAAAAAAGGCCUAGGUUCCAUCUCGUAUUCUUCAUAAUAGAUUUUUAGGAAGAUGAGUUGUUGACUUUAUUAGGUUAAGACUUGUCAGGGGCUGUCUGUUCAUUAGCACAACCCAUGUCCAAUUUAUUCCUAAGCCUUUAGAAAGGUCUUGUACUUUGUAUGCAAAUAGAGUGAAGUUUUGACUUUUAACACAGUGCUUCUCAAAAUUGCAUGUGUGUGUGCAAAUGCAGAUUCUGAUUGAAUAGGUCUGUGAUAGGGCCUGAUGGUUCAUUUCUCAAAAUUUCCAAAUACUGAUGUCUGUGGACUGCACUUGUAGAUAGGCUGAAGAGGCUUCAAGCUGUGAAUUGAAUUAGGUUUUGAUAGCCCAAGCAGAUUUUAAAGUCAGAAUUAUUGCCACCAAAAAAAAGUUGUCUUUUUUUUUUUAAAUAACUUUUUCAAGUUUGUGAAUUGGAGAUGCAGACUAGUCUUGAAGGCUUCAAAUUAAUGUUCAAGCUGUAAAGUUAAAGGCAGAAUUUUGUGUCAUUUGGAGCCUUCAAAAUAUGGAAGAUUUAUGCAGUUAAGUAUUUCAUCUUAUAAAGAACAUUAUUUUAAGCAGUUUGGACAGUGAAUCUUAUUGAGUAUGUGUGGAUUAUAUUCUGAUUUUUUUGUUAAUAUAAGGGAAAUUUUUAAAAUAUUACAGACAUUUAUUCUCUAAAUGAACCUCAUCUUAUAGGUUAUGGGACUUCAUUAUUUUAUUAAUAAACAUUGAAAACAAACUGCCCCUAAGAAUAAACUGGCAGUAAAGUUAGCAGUGCCAAAAUAAGUCAUGUCUGACAGAUGUGCCUUGUACUGAAGACCUCUGGUGACUUUGCUAUUAUGUUACAUGGUUGAAAAUUACUAUUUCAUUGUAAAAUGGAUUUGGAAAGAAAGUUGAAUAAUUUGAUUCUCUAAAAAUGUUUUUCUUGGCAUUCUGUUGAUACUGUAUUUUCUUCACAUAUUUACUCUUUUUAUAUGAGUUGCCUUCAUCCAAAGCACUUAAAAUGUAGCCACAAAUAAUGAAUUUUUUGAAGUUAUACCAAAAUUUAUUAACUGCUUGAUCUGUAAAAUAAAUCUGGGCUUUGUGGUUUUUGAUGGCCCAAUUAAUGAUAUAUCUCUUAUAUGCCAGGCUUCUUAUAUUGCUUUUUGGAAGUAAUCAUUAAAUCAGAGUCAUUUGGAUUAGAAGAUAUAUGGAUAUUUAAUAGAAUAGUAAUCUAACAGAAUUAUGAGUUGUUUGCUCAGUUUUUGGAAUAGAAUGUUAAAUUUUACAAAUUUUUUAACCAUUUCUCUUUUAUCUUACCAAGCCUUUCACCAAAGAAUGGUUAAAACCAAACAUGAAGUGCCAAGCUGUAAAUGCUUACUCCCCUGAAAUAAUACCAUUAGAAUAAAAGAUAAUAUUUUUACCUGAGAAUACAAAAUUGAAGAAGGCAGUGUCUUAAAUUUAUAUCAUGUGGAACAAAAAGCCUACAUAGCUUUUGUCCACAGAGAGGGAAACAUUUUUGGCCUUAGUGUACCAAUUUGUAAUUGUGGAUAAAACUAAGAUUACUAGACAGCAAACAUAUGCUGAUAGAUUAUUGCACUGUUUAAUAAUGAAAUCAAGAGAAAGGGAAAGACAUUGAACCAAAAUAUUAAUAAAGCAACUUGGUCAUUUAAGUAUAGGGACUGAUUGAUAGCCAUAUUUUACUUCGAAAAUGGGCUGGCAACCAGUAGUCCCUGAGAAUAGUUACUCUGUACAUAACAGUGCCAUAAUUAAUGCUGAUAAUACCUUGAGUAAUUAUAUAAAAUCCACAUUAUCAAAUAUCCCCCCAAAGGUAGUAAAAUAAAUAUUUCCGACAAAAAGCAGCAUUAUUUCUUAAAUAGGUAAAAUGUAUACAACUAGGAUGUUCACCUUCAAAACAGUGCCAUGGAACAGAAAGUGGAAUGUAGUAUAGCUAUUGUGAUAAUUGAAUGAUGAACAAGUAAAAGAAUUUUUUACUUUUAUAGAAUGGCAACUUUUCUAAUAGGAAAAAUGGAAUUAAGAAUCAGUUUUGAGUAUAAAAACAAAGAUGGCAGUCUUGUAUGUUUUUAUAAAGCAGAGGUCGACUAUAGCCUGCCACCCCCUUUUUUUUUUUUUUUUUUUUUUUAAUCCUGAGCUAAGAAUGGUUUUCACAUUUUCUAAGUGGUUGAAAGAUUGAAAGUAUUUUGUGACACAUAAAAAUAUAUGAAGUUAAAAUUUCAGUGUCUGUAAGUAAAAUUUUAUUGGGACAGCCAUGCUUACUUACAUAAUAUCUGGCAGCUUUCCUACUAAAACGAGUGUUGGGUAGUCAUCUGACAGACUACGGCCUGUAUCACCUAACAAAUAUACCAUCUGACUCUUUACAUAAAGUUUGCCAACCCUGUUAUAAAGGAUAGUUUUGUUCAUAAGUGGCAUGUAGUUAGUUUUGGUUUUUCGCUUUUAGCUGUCAGAAAGGGGAUCUUGCUUCCUUAAUUUCUUGAUUUCUUUUCCUGUUAUUUAGAUUUUACUUAAUAAAAUGGGUUCCCCUGUUUCCAUUUAUGUCUUACUCUUGCUCAAAUACACGUAUACCAGAAGAUACUAGUACUUUUUAGGAACACUUUCUACCCCUACUAAAACUCUUAAUGUGUUUGCCGUGGAAUUAAGGGUCCUUAAAGUGUGAGGGAAAGGCAUCUGGCACUAUAAGUUAAGUCACAGUUUGCUUUCUGUGUUGGUGAGAAAUGGAUUGCUUUGAAUCUAAACACUACCUCCUAUGGAUAUAGACUUGACUAUGCACUUAAAAAAAGAGAAGCCGAAUCAGUCAUUAACCCUGUAGUAUUUUUGUUCUCGUCACUUGAUAAACUCUAAGAGAUUAGUUUUACAUUCAGAAAGUAUUUAUAUUUGAUGUCAGAUGAUUUAAAUUGAAACUUCACAGAACUUGUUCAUUCCUCAUUUAACUGCACUAGUAGAUGGGAAAUAAAGGUGCAGUUUUAUAUGUAAUGCUUUUUAUGUUUGCAGCAGGUGGACCUAUUCUAAUAGUGUGUUUGCAGAUUCAUUAUGACUGUUGAGGGAGGAAAAAUCUCAUUCACAGUAAAAUUUUUCAUGACCUGUUAAGAGUUGACUGUUACCACUUGCCAAAUGAAACUGGAUGUUGAAACAUUUUAAAGAAAUGCACUUUAAUCUGAAAUAAAACCAUAAAAACUAAA